AUGAGCGCAGAAGAUUCCACAAACUACAGGCGUGCCUCUCGCAAGUCGGUCCAAUUUACAGACGAGAAGCUGGUUGUCGACGCCGACGGCAGCGUGACCAUGGUUACUACGCCAAACGACGACAGCAAGGAGACAGCCAUGUCGCAUACACCCCGUACGCCGCCUCUCUCCGCCGCGCUCGGCGCCUUUACUGACGGCAGUUCAGCACCUGCGACCGAGCCUGCGGCAGCAGAUGGCGCCCCAGCAGCCGAAGUCAACCCCAGCGCCGACCCCGAUGGUCUCGACCUGUCGCUCAUGAAGAAGAAAAAGAAGAAGGUUAAAAAGGAGGAGGGUGACGGCGAUGCUGCCCCGGCUGGCGACGACGGUGCGAUCGACCUUACCAUGAAGAAGAAGAAGAAAAAGAAGGUGCUUAAAGAGGAUGAUGAGUUCUCCAAGAAGCUGGAGGCUUUGAACCUUGAGGGCGGCGAGAGCGCCGAGGCCGCAGCCGAGGAGGCCCCGCAAGAAGGGGACAUGGACAAGGGCACGGGCAUCUGGUCGCACGACGAGACGAGAACUAUCAACUAUGACCUGCUGCUCAACCGCUUCUUCACCCUGCUGGCCCAGAAGAACCCUGACCAUGCCUCCGCCGGUCAGCGCUCGUACAAGAUUCCUCCUCCGCAGUGCUUGCGCGAAGGCAACAAGAAGACCAUUUUUGCCAACUUGCCUGAGAUUUGCAAGCGUAUGAAGCGUGCUGAAGAGCACGUCACGGCCUAUCUCUUUGCUGAGUUAGGUACCAGCGGCAGUGUUGACGGCAGCAGGCGGUUGGUCAUCAAGGGCCGUUUCCAGCAGAAGCAGAUUGAGAACGUUCUGCGCACGUAUAUCAUUGAAUAUGUCACCUGCAAGACUUGUCGCUCUCCCAAUACUGAGCUGUCUAAGGGCGAGAACCGUCUCUACUUCAUUACCUGCAACUCGUGCGGCUCUCGUCGUUCCGUUCAGCCCAUCAAGACUGGUUUCUCGGCCCAGGUCGGAAAGAGAAAGAAGAUGCAGGCUUAA